AUGGGUAAGAAGAACAGAAAAGACGAUGAUUAUCUGAAUACAUUACUUGGACCAACAGACAAAAAGAGUAAGGAAGGAUGUAAAGACAAAGAGGAUUUGGAGGAAAUAGACAAAUCUUUGGAAAAAAUGAAAAUGAAUGGAGAAAACGAAAGAAACUUGAAGAGUGCCAAAGAAACUGUAGAAGCAAACACAACUAAUGGUGAAAAUUCCGAGUUUAAAAGUCCAAUCUGCUGCAUCUUAGGACAUGUCGACACGGGAAAAACAAAACUUCUUGACAAAUUAAGAGAGUCAAAUGUUCAAGGAGAAGAGGCAGGAGGAAUAACACAGCAGAUAGGUGCCACAUUCUUUCCGGUAUCCGAGCUGUUCAAGAAGUGUGGAAGGAAGGAAUCAAAGCUUCCCGGAAUCUUGGUCAUCGACACCCCAGGGCACGAAUCUUUUGCCAACCUAAGGACACGAGGAUCUUCUCUCUGCAAUCUUGCAAUACUUGUGGUGGACAUAGUCCAUGGACUUGAAGCUCAAACUUUGGAAAGUAUAGAGCUUCUUAAAAAACGGAAAACACCAUUUGUAGUUGCUCUUAACAAAGUAGAUAGACUCUAUGGAUGGAAAUCUACCUCAUUUGGAGAAAUUAAGACCACGCUUAAGAAACAAUCAAAACCAACGAUAGACGACUUUAAGAGAAGAGUAAACAACACAGUCCUAGCGUUUGCAGAAAUAGGUUUGAAUGUGAAGUUGUUUUACGAAAAUACAAACCAAAAGAGAUUUGUAUCUUUGGUUCCUACAUCUGCAGUAUCUGGAGAGGGAAUUCCUGACUUGGUAUCUCUGAUAUUGGAGCUGUCCGAGAAAUAUAUGGGAUCAAAGAUGAAGAUCAAAGAUGAGGUUGAAUGUACUGUUCUCGAAGUAAAGAGCGUCGAAGGUUUUGGAGUAACCCUUGAUGCCAUCCUAAGCAACGGGGUUCUGAAAGAAGGAGACAAAAUUGGAGUCUGUGGAUUCCAUGAGCCUAUUGUUACGACUAUCAAGGCCUUACUUAUGCCUCAACCAUUGAAAGAGUUAAGGGUCAAAAACCAGUAUGUUAUGGUAAAAGAAGUAAGGGCCAGUCUUGGAAUCAAGAUUGCAGCAGGUGGCCUUGAAAAGGCAAUAGCUGGAAGCCGUGUCCUUGUCAUAAAAAAUAACGAAGAGGAAGUGAAAAACACUCUUGCAGCAGACUUAGAGUCGGUUUUUUCGUCUAUAGAACUUCACCAGGAAGGAGUCCAUGUUGUAUCAAGCACCCUUGGGUCUCUGGAGGCCCUGGUUUCAUUUCUAAAGGCCUCUAAUGUACUGAUAUCCGGCGUAAGUAUCGGGACAGUAAAGAAGAAAGACAUGAUAAUUGUGGCCUCGAUGGUAAAAAAACAAAAAAAAUAUGCAGCAAUCCUUUGCUUUGAUGUAGUGUUGGACAAGGAAAUGAAGGACAUGGCCUCUUCGAUGGGCGUAAGGAUAUUUGAGGCCAAAAUUAUCUAUCAUCUCCUAGACUCAUACCUGAGGUUUGUAAAUGAGGAAAAAGAGAAGGACAAGAAAAUCCACAUGGAACAGGCAAUAUUUCCGGUGGAACUGUCAAUUGUCCCAAAAUGCAUUUUCAACUCCAGGAGCCCGUUGGUAAUAGGAGUCCAUGUCAAGGAGGGGAUUCUGAAAAUAGGGACACCUCUCUGUGUGUUCAAGGAAAGCGAGACAGUUAAACUUGGCAUAGUGACCUCUAUCGAGAACAAUAAAGAAGCUGUCCAAGAGGCACCUAAAGGCUUGAAGGUGGCCAUAAAGAUCGAGGCCAAGCCCAAUAUACCACCUCGGAUGUUUGGAAGGCAUUUUGAGCAAAGCGACAUUCUAUACUCUGUGCUUACAAAGGAGUCCAUCAAUGUCUUGAAGAAGCAUUUCUCUGAUGAACUGACAGAAGACCUUACAGACCUCCUGAACAGGUUAGAAAAUAAAUUUGGUAUUUUCUAUUUAUUAUUCCAUUCCAUAAAUACUUCACUCUUUUAUUUGUUUUAUUAG